AGCAGGCCCAGUUCUUGUGCGACAUAGCAAACUCUUAACUUGGGACCUAAAAUUGGGUUUUCGUCGAUCAAUCAAAUGGAGCGAUUUUCCCUCUCAUAUCGCUCCGUCUCCCAGUCCCUCUCUCUCAUUCAUUCGACUGGUUGAAGCUUUCAAGUAUCAAGAUUGGCAGAAGCAUCCGCAGAAAUCCAGAGGGGAAGACAAUCCUGGUACUACUUUAUCACUGUUUCUCUGUAAUUUUCCCGAGAAAGUUUACGCCUUUCAUUUUCCCGAGAAAGUUUCUGCAUUUGGGUUUACAGCAAUGCAUUCAUCUCGUCCAUUUCUCUUCUGGGUCCUUUUCUUUUUCGUCUCCAACCUCAGUUUCCCUUCGCUUUCUGUCCCGUUCUUGCCUGCGACGAACAAUAACCUCACCCUCUUCGGCGACGCUUCCAUCACCAACAACGCGAUUAGUCUCACUCAAGAACUCACCACCUGCCCCUCCUCUUCCCCUUCUGCUUCUUCUGGGGUUGGAAGAGCAUUUUACGCCUACCCAAUUCGGUUUCUUGACUCGAAAACCAACGCCACUGCCUCUUUCUUGUGCCGAUUCUCUUUCUCAAUCACCCCAAGUUCCCCAUUGUGUUCUUCUGGAGAUGGCAUUGCGUUUGUGAUCAUCCCCGAUGUCGAUUCUCUGGGAUCAUCCAGAGGGGGGUAUAUGGGACUUCCGGAGCCAUCCUCAGUGUCGAAAGAAUCGUUCUUCGCUGUGGAAUUCGAUACUAGGUUUGAUCCUAUGGUUGGUGACAUCAAUGGGAACCACAUUGGUGUUGAUUUGAACACAGUUGUGUCUGUUGCCUGUGUUGAUGUUGUUUCAAGAGGGAUUGAUUUGACAAGUGGGAGGGAGAUUACUGCUUGGAUUGAGUACAGGGAUGCUGUCAAGAUGAUUCGGGUUUGGGUCGGAUACUCGUCAACUAGGCCUCCAACGCCUGUUCUUGUUGCUCAGAUUGACCUCUCCAACCAGUUCAAGGAGUUCAUGCAUGUCGGUUUCUCGGCCUCGAAUGGGCAGGGCUCUUCAGUUCACGUUGUUGACAGGUGGAGAUUCAAGACUUUCGGGUCUCUUCCACCUGGGAAUCCUACAGAUACCUUUGAAGAAGGGGACUGCUUCAUGUGCUCUUCACCAGAAGAUUCAAGUACCAAAAGCAGCCCGGAAAAUCGUUCCCAUGAAAGAAAAACAAAGAUUGUGGAGAUGGCUCUUGGGUUGGGAGGGUUAGCUGCAUUUGUUGUCUCCAUAAUCGCAUUUGUUUUUGUCAUUUGUUUUGUGUGUGUGAAGAAGAGAAUGGUCACUGCCAGAGGGAGCAGAGAGGGCAAAACUUGUAGAGUUGAGGCGAAUAAAGUUCCGACGAGUUUGUCUCUUGCAGAGAUAAGAUCGGCGACAAUGGGGUUUAACCGACACAGGGUUGUCGGGGAAGGGGCAUCAGCUAAGGUUUAUAAAGGGUCUCUGUCCUCUGGUGGAGAAGUGGCAGUGAAAAGGUUUGAGAGGGUUGAUGGGAUCGGUAGUCUGCGUAAUCCUUUUACUACGGAGUUUGCAACUAUGGUGGGUUGUUUGCGGCACAAGAAUCUGAUCCAGCUUCAUGGGUGGUGCUGUGAGGGUAAUGAGUUGGUCCUGGUGUACGAGUACAUGCCCAACGGAAGCCUCAACAAAGUUCUUCACAAAAGCUUCAAUUCAGCAGUUGUUCUGUCCUGGAAGCAAAGACUUAAUAUAGUUCUUGGAGUCGCUUCUGCUCUUGCAUAUCUUCACGAGGAGUGUGAGAGGCAAAUAAUUCACAGAGAUGUCAAAACUUGCAACAUAAUGCUCGAUGCAGAUUUUAACGCCAAACUAGGGGAUUUUGGUCUAGCAGAAGUGUAUGAGCAUAGUUCAAUCAUUGCAAGAGAAGCAACUAUACCAGCUGGUACAAUGGGAUAUCUUGCUCCGGAAUACGUUUAUUCAGGUGUUCCAACUGUUAAAACUGAUGUUUACAGCUUUGGUGUGGUGGUGUUAGAGGUGGCAACGGGAAGAAAGCCGGUGGAGGAUGAUGGAACAGUGGUUGUUGAUUGGGUUUGGAGCAUGUGGGAAAAGGGGAAACUGAUUGAAGCUGCUGAUCUGAGGUUGAUGGGGAACUUUGAUAUGGUAGAGAUGGAGAGGAUGCUGAUGACUGGACUUGCUUGUGUGCACCCAAACCAUGUGAAGAGGCCAACGGUGAAGGAAGCUGCAAGGAUUCUUAAAGGCGAAACGCCUCUUCCUCUGCUGCCACCAAGAAAACCAAGGGAAAUGAACCUUGUGGUUCAUCCUUGUACCAGGAAGAAACAUGGAGGCCAACUCUACGGCCCUUGGAAAGUCUUCAUACUACUUCAAGUCCGGCCUUGUCAAUUCUUCCCAAGCUUAUGAUGCAACUGGCCUUACUGUGAACCGAAAUGAAAUUAAGAAAUGAAAAACUAUUGCAAUGAGAAAUUAAGCUUAUUUUUCUUUGUUAGUGCUAGACUUUUGUAUAAUAUUUUAUAUUCUGUAAGGAAGAAGAAUUUGGAAUUGGAAUUUUAGCUUUUGGCUUUUGGA